UCUGCUCAAUAAGUAACUCUGCACUUAAACAUACAUUCAUUUUUGCUGUUUGUUUUAAAUCAGUAGCAGCAUCUAAUACUGACUUCCUUUUACCUUCUCAGAUCCAAGGAGAAAUUGCGAGACCAUUAUAAGAAUGGAUUCCAUGGAAAUCGAUGACGACGUUUAUAUCAAUAAGAACCUGACAAUGGAAGGCCUCAUUACCAAAGGGGAUUUUCAGAGAAAAAAGCAGCCCUCUAGAUGUGUGAAUGUGUGUCUUGGAUUACUGUGUGCCAUCCUGUUGGCUGGUAACAUUGCACAGAUUAUCUACUAUCAGAUAAUCAGCCAUUUUGCGUUGGCAGACCCAGCACAGGCCAGUUACAGCCCCGAAGGAGGUCAACUGCAGAGCAGUUACGAUGCUUUAACUGCAGAGAGAAAAGAGUUAGAGGCCAGAUUGAGUAACCUGAUCAAGGAAAAAGGCCAGCUGCAGCAAACUUACAAUUCUGUGACUACUGAAAGAGAUGACUUCAACGCCAGGUUCAAUAAUCUGAAACACGAGAGGGACCAGUUACAAACAAGUUACAGCACCUUAAAACAAGCAAGUGAUCAGUUAAAGACAAGCUAUAAUGACACGCAGAGGAAUCUUGAGUGGUUACAGACUAAUCACCAUAAUCUGACAGCCAUUAGAGACCAGCUACAGGUCAAUUACAAUAACCUACAAAGAGAACAUGAUGAGUUACAGACUUUUUUUCAUCGGUUAGAGGGGAAUUACUCUUCGCUCAAUAGGGACAGGGAGCAGCUGCUAGGAAACUACAAUACACUGACUACGAGUAAAAAUCACCUUCAGAUCAGCUAUAAUUCAUUGUGGAAAGAAAAAGAACAAUUGAAAACUAGCUGUAAUACUCUACAGAAGGAAAAAGAAAAUUUACAGACCAAUUGCAGCAGCUUGGCUAUAGACAGAGAUCAGCUACAGAAGAAGAUCGACAAAGCAAGAAGAAAAAUUGUCUGUCAGACAGGCUGGUUCAAGUUUGACAUCAGCUGUUACUUUGUUUCAACUCUGAAGAAAAACUGGACGUUAAGCAGGCAAGACUGCAUCACCAGGGGAGCAGAUCUGGUGUCCAUAGACGGCAUGGAUGAACAGGAAUUUGUCCAUGGGUUACUGAGAACUGGCCAAAAUGCCUGGAUUGGUCUGACUGACAGUCUUAAAGAGGGGACUUGGAUGUGGGUGGAUGGGGAGCCAGUAACAACAUCGUACUGGCAGCCCGGGCAGCCCAACAGCUACAAUGGGAACCAGGACUGUGGAGAAAUGGUGGAGAAAUCGGGAAUGGGAGAAUGGAACGAUGACGGCUGUUUUGCUGAACAGAUCUGGAUCUGUGAAAAAUAACAUUGCAAUGAUUUUCACAGUUAAUGAAGGUGUGAGGCUUUGGCCUGUGGUUUAUAUCUUCAAUGUUUAAAGGUUUAUGUUUCCUUUUAAAUCAUCCCAUUGUUAGUUUGCCAAAUUAUCAUUAGCUUUUCAUGAUUUUAAUUCCAAACUUUGAAGCAGAACAUUGUUAAUAAUUUCACAAAUUUGAUAUUCAGCUGAUGAUUAUAGUUUGUGUGUAUGUAAUGGAAUAUAAUUGCUUGGUUAUACUAAAGCAGAUUUUCAUCAGUGUCCAGUACUGUAGUGUUCUGUGGCCUUCGGCAUAGCUUUAGAUAUGUUUGCAAAUUUCUGUGUGAUUAUUAUGCAUGAAAUGAGUAAAUUUUAUGGAUCAUGUAUGCUACAAAGCACAUAUAUACAACAUUUGCAUAUGGUAUUAAUAAUUUACUGAACCACUCUCUAAAGAUUACAUGAUACUGACACAAAUUAAUGUCCAUCUCUCAUCAUAGUCAAAUUAAUUAACAAAUUAAACUAUUUUCUCUUCCUUGGGUACGUACAUUGAACUUUUUACUGUAUGGUCAAUGUGAAUCUAAUUACAACAACAAUUAAAGAAAGAUAAUGAUA